CGAGCAGACAAACAAAAAUUGUACAGAAGCAGCAGCAGCAGCAGUAGAGCAGCAGAUAGCAAAAGUUAUAUUAUUCUUUUUGUUUUAUGUUUGGAAUUUCACUUAGUGUCUAUAUCGCAUACCGUGCUAUUUUGAAAUCAGAUUUAAUGUGGUUUUUUGUGUGAAACAUUUGUAAAUUUUAAGUAUGACUACGACAGAUACGACAGCUGGUGCACCACUAGCCAUCUCAAAUACAGUGAACGACGAUUCAGUGAGCAGUGCUUCGAAAACCGGUUCAAUAAAAAAGCAUUAUGUACAACAUUUUCCGCCACCACCAGCAACACCAACAACGAACAAUCGAACCAAUGCCGUUGUGGAUGAACGCGAUAAAGCUAGCUUUUAUAAAGAUUUAUACCAUUUUCAUGAAGUCAAAGGAACACCAAUUCCACGUCUGCCGUGUGUGAAUGGCCACGAAAUUGAUCUACAUAAAUUUUAUUCAUUGGUAUGCAGUCGCGGUGGAUGGGCCAAGAUAAAUUAUCGCAAUGAAUGGGAGGAUUUAGUACCUGAAUUCGAUCUGCCAAGCAAAUGUGUGAAUGCAUCGGUGGCAUUGAAGCAAAUUUAUAUGCGAUAUUUGGAUCGUUAUGAAAAAAUUCAUUUUCUUGGCGAAGAUAAUGAUCGAAUCAUUGACGAAACGGACGAAGAUAAUCGCCAUAAAAAAUGGAAUAAUAAACAUUUCAACGAUGUUCCAAUGAAAUAUAAUUAUUUACAGCAUAAUGUUGCCGAAAAUAUGCGUACCACACAUAAACUAUCGACCGAUUUAUAUAAAUCAUCGGAAUAUGAACGAUUGUUAAUGUCAUUAAUGUCACCGUUACCAAAUGAACAAGAUUUCGCUGUAAAUGUAUGCACAUUAAUGGCCAAUGAAAGUCGACACACGCUCAAAGUUGAACGAUGUCCAAAACUACUCGAUGCACUUAUGGGACAUGCUGGCGUUUAUUCGCAUCAUUCGAUGCGAGAGUUAUUCUUUGAAUUUUAUUCGAAUGUUCGAAAGCAUUCGUUGCAAUCGUUCUGGAAUGAUUGUUUGCAUGAUAAACCGGAUAUUUUGGAAUUAACUUACGAAGAUUAUUUCGAAGUGGAUGAAAAUGUAUCGGGCAAUGUCAUAUCGGGACGGCCACCAGUUCGAUUACGAAACAAUGAUAAUGAAACAUUUGAAGACGGCUUAAAUACGCGAUCGAAUGAAUUGAAAGAAUUUUCAUCGAUGGACUUUUUGAAUUUAAAACGUGGACUUGGUACGCAUGAUUAUAUCGGUCAACGUGUGCAUCAAGUGUCAACGAUUUGCCGAAAUUUAUCAUUCUUCGACGAAAAUCUACCGACGAUUGUGAAGAAUCGAACAUUUGUUCGAUUUUUGGUGAUGUGCUCAAAUAUUCGUUGGGGUAAUUUACAUCAAAUGGGCUUAGAUACGCUGGGUAACAUUGCCAUCGAAUUGGACCUGUGCGAUCCAAACAAUGACACAUUAACAAAGUGUUUAUUAACAACGAUUUCCGAAGGGUUGGAAAGUCAGGAUCGUGGUGUGAUCAUAAGUUGCUUGGAAAUUUUAUAUAAAUUGUGUCAAAAAGGAACAAAUGAAGAUCAUUUACAUAAGUAUCUGGAUAAGCGUGUGUAUCGACAAAUUUGCAUGUAUUUAUCGCUGAACGAUAUUAUGUUGUUGUUGUAUACGUUGGAAUGUUUGUUUGCAUUGUCAUCGAUGGGCGAAAAAGCAUGUUUUGCUAUCGUUCAAAUAAAUGGCGUCAUCGAUACAUUAGUGUCACUUGUUUCGGUUGAAGCACAAAGUUAUGGACCUGAUGGAUGCAUUUUAAUGCGUGUCGUUGAAACAGUGCCCACACCAUUGACAUCUCAACAACAACAGCAAGGCCAUCAUUCGCAUGGACAUUUUCAACAAACAACGCAAAUAUCAUCGCAACCAGUCAUGACACAACUUCAAUCGGCACCAUCAGCUGUUCAUGUAACCGAACGCAAUCAAAUCGAAACGAGAAUUGAAGUGAAGAAUGAACCACCUCGAAUAGAGAAACCAAUACCUGCACCAAUAAUACAGCAACAUCAAUCACAUGACAUUGCUAUUAAUCAAAAUCAACCAAUAUUGGUACCACAGCUUCAGCUGCAGCAACAGCAGCAGCAGCAGCAGCAACAACAUCAUCAAAUAACGCAACAUCAAACGCAACCAUCAUUGCCAUCUCCACCUCCAAUAAUUGUACAAUCAACAAUUCCGACAAUGCCAACAGUAUCACAGAAUCCAAUCGUUGUACCGGUGCCAAAAUUGCAACAACAAAUGCAAGUCCAAAUAAAAUCCGAAAUCAAAAUGAACCAAGUAUGUGUUCAAAAUGCAACUGAACAAUUUUAUCCCGUAUCAUGUGCACCGACAAUGGUAAAAAUCCAAACAAGUGCAUCGCCAACAAUAACAACUGCCGCACCAUCAUUUCUCAGCAGUUCAAAUGUUGUGUACUCCGAACAACAAACGACAACCAUACAUACGUCAUCCGCACAAAAUCCGAAUUCAUUGAAACUUGCACAAGAUCAAGAAAACGAACAAUUUGCAUUGGCCUGGUUGCGAGCCACAUUUGAACCGGCCAGUACAAUUGCAUCACGUAUUGAACAACAAGAUUUAUAUAAAAUGUACUUAACAGCAUGCUCGAAAAUCGGACGAACCGGUGUUGUGUCACAGCAUCAUUUUCCACGUUGUGUUCAAAAUGUGUUUGGCAAUACGGUCGGACCAAAUCAAAUUAAAAUUAAACAAAACACAAUCACAUCAUAUUUCUACGAAGGAAUUCGUAUUCGAGCCCAACCAUUGGCUGUGGUUCACAAAGGAACCAUUUUGCAAGCGGCUGUCACCACAACGACAAUAAAAGCGUCCGAUAAUGCUGUGAAUAAAGAUCAACCAACGAUCAUCAAAACACCAAUCAUUCAGAAUCAAAAUAAAACCAAUACAAAUCAAAUGCAAAUGAACGCAUCGUCGGCGCCAAUUCUACAACAAGUUUUGAGCACCAAUCAAACCGAACACAUUCACAUGACACAAAAUCGUACGCAAAUACGACAAACACAAAAUUCAAUAAUUGUAUCAUCAUCACCAUCGAUCGUUACGUCGUCAUCAAGCGGCUGCGGCGCCACCACCCAAUCAUCAUUGAUCAAAGCAAUUUUAGCCAAUAAGGUAACAACUGUUGAUGGCACCACCGUUAUUGGCACGCCGAACAUAACAACGAACUUAGUACCAUCGAUAAAUCCUAGUAUUAUUACCGCUACUAGCAAUAUGAAUGUGCAUCAGGUAGCGCAACGGCAACAUUUGCAAAAGCAAAGAGAAGCUCAAUUAGCAGCAGCGGCUCAAUCAUCGAUAAAUGUAACAAAUAUGAACAAUAGUUAUGUUAUAAAAACGCCAACUGGAACGGUAACGCCAAACAAAGUCGCCGGUAAUACACUGAUACCAGCAACCAUAAUCGAAAAGAAAGCUGAAGCUAUGUUAGAAGCAUACAAAUCAAAUUGGGAUCCAGUUCCACCAUUGGCACCAUUGAGCAGUAAUAGCAUACGACAAACAAGUAUAAUCGCCUCAAUACCUGUACCAACGGUCAGCCCAUCAAAAGUUGAUGACGAUUCAAAUUCGACCAGCCAAUCAGCCAACUCUAGUAUAUAUGGUACAAAUCCAACGACACCAAGUUGUCAAGAUGAAACGGAAACGUUUGCCGGUUUCGAUGGUUUAUUGGUGCCGGGCAAUAUAAAAAUCGAAGAAGAUGGUAAAGAUCAACAACAUCUCAUUGCUGCUGGCAAGCAUUCUCAAGUUGUUACGGCAAAUAAAAUGCUUGCCGAUUUACUUGAACGAAAAUCGUCUGAUCCACCAUUUAAUGUUUCAGGCGAUAUAAGCAAUAAAAGAAAAUGCGAUACAAAUGCAAAUCCAACAAACGAUGAACCGCCAACCAAACGAUCAAAUUACCUAGAGAAUGACAAUGUUUCAAAUGAUAAAAAGAAUGCAACGAAAUCAUCAUCGAACGCCGUUAAUUCGUAUCUGUCAACAUUUGCCGCAUCAUUGCUGGAAGACGAAGAUAUGGAGUUGGAGGAAACACCAUCAACGUCACAAUUGCAAUCGCAACCACCAUCGUUGACACAAACCCAACAACAACAGCAACAGCACCAGCAACAACAGCAACAGCAACAACAAUCACAGCAACAGGUUAUUCCAGCUUCGGUUAUGGACCAACAAUCAAAAUCAAUGAUCAGUGUGCCAAUGCAACGACAAAUCAUAGUCUCACCCAACAAUGCUCGUCAGCAAAUGAUAAUUGCACCACCAACAUCAAAUCAACAAAUGGGACAAGCAACAGCUACAAUUAAAACUGGAGAUGGUGCAUUCCAAACUGUACCGGUCAUCUUACAACACGGCAAUAAUCAAGUGGGUAACAUUCAAAUCCAAAAGCAACUCGGUGGCAUUGGACAACAAAUCAUUCAACCAGUUCCACAAACGCAGUAUAUGCUGGCGACCAAUCAACAAGGUCAAACAUAUUUGGUGGCACAACAACAGCCGCCGCCAGUCAAUCAAAUUCUUUUGACACAAACAUCACAACAACAAGGUGGCGCACCAACAAAAACAAUCAUCAUCCUUCAACAGCAAACACCAACAGCCGUAAAUACAUCGUCAACUCCGCAGAAAAUGAUAAUGACCACGCAACAAGGACAACAAAUGAUUGUGACGCAAGUACCACGACAGCAUCAUGUCAUUGUCAAUCAACAUUCUGGAAAUGCCGGUGCAAAUGUCAUACAGUCUAAUCCGCAAAUGUCGUCGACAAAUGCGAUUAUUAAUCAAGUGACAAGUACACCAAUUAGUUCAAGUUCACAACCGCAAAUUGUACAACACAUGAGAGCUAUUAAUUCGGUGUCUCAUGCACCAGUUUCGAUGUCGCCGAAUGUAAUAACAACAAGUGAAAAGAAAAAAGUAUUUGUAACGGGUAGCGGUAACAUUGAGGUGACUCAAGUAUCUCAACCAAUUUCACAAAUUGUAGCACCAAAUCUAACGCCAAAUGUAACAUCGAACGUGAUACAGAAGCCAGUUCAACAACAUCAGCAACAUCAACAGCAUCAACAACAUCAACAGCAUCAACAACAUCAACAUCAAAUUGUAAGUGCGGUGCCAACUCAAUCAUCGAUACCUGCACCCACAAUAACGAAUCAAUUACCACUAUCGCAGCAACAACAAUCGAAUAUGACACCAUCAAAGUCAGUUGCUCCUUCGCAAGCGCCACCGCUCAAUGUUCAACAGCCAAUCAAGUCCGAGCCAUCCAAUCAAAUAUCCGUGAAAAUCGAAGAUGAAAUCGAUGUUAAUUGGUUGUAUGUGUGCGAUUGGCGUGGAUGUCAACGAAGAAAAUUCCGUUCAGCGAACGAAGUGUAUUUGCAUGCAUGUGCCGAACAUUGUCCAGAUAAUAUCGAUCCAAAUGCCGAUAUCUAUUGUCAAUGGGGCCCUGGACCAAAUCUCUGCGAUAAUUUGCCACGUAAACGAUUUUCACUAAUGACACACAUCAAUGAUCGUCAUAUAACAUUGGAUUCAUUUAAAACGGCCGUACAACGACGCAUCGCAAAUGGACCACAAACAUCUGUAACUCAACCCGUAACUAUAAUUAAAAAACCAAUGCCACCAAAUACCAAUGAUAAUGCUGGUGGCACGGCAUCACCAACACUGUCCACGUCAUCAACAAGUUCAUUAUCAGCCGGAAGUAGCGCAGCCAUGCAGGCCAUCAAACGACAUUCAAUAGACCUCAUCAAUCCAAAAGAGCUUAUGUUUCAGGAUGAAAACGAGGGUCCGGUGACAAAAAGUAUCAGAUUGACAGCUUCAUUAAUUCUACGAAAUCUUGUGAAUUAUACAACAACAGCAAAACGAUGUUUACGGUAUUACGAGCCGCAUUUGUCUAGCGUAGCAUUAAGCAAUGUGGAAUCAAGCCGGACUAUCGCACAAGUUUUGUACGAAAUGAACGAAACACGGCCGUAUUGAAGAAAAAGAGAGAUAGAGAGAGACGGACAGAGAUAUCACAAACAUACUUAUUGUUCCAAGAAACAAGAAAGCAGAAUUCCGAAUCACACAAAACGGACACAUCAACGGACCGAAAUGGACUUGUCGAAAGUAAACGAGAAAAAACAAAACAAAACAUAUUUUACACUCGAUACAUGUUUUAUUCAACAACAAAAAAAGUCGCUCUUUCUUUUCAAAAACAUUUCUAGUUGGAAAUUUGUCAUCGAUUAAUUUUAUAAAAUUAUUUUUCGUAGUGUCUUAUUACAAACAAAGAAAACAAAAGAAAAAAAAACACAAAGAAUGAACGCAAAGGAAUCCUUGUUGUAUUUUAAUUAAUUUUUAAUAAAUCUAUUGUAAGAUGAGUUAAAGAGAAAGCGCGAGAGAUAAUGCAAACUAGCACUUAAAAGAAAGGAGUAAAUAUCAGAAUAGGUAUUGAAUAACGGAUCAAAUUUCGAAAAAAAAA